AUGAUUGAGAACGUUUUUAACGACGAGUUAAUGUGUGACAUUACACACCGCGGCUACUUGUGUUUCUUUUUCGCCUGGUUCCACGCCAGCUUUGCCUUUCUUUUCCUUUGGGAAAAAUUUGCUUCUUUCUUUGGUUCGGUCUGCGCUUCUGCCAGUAGUGGUCGCCGACCAUUGAGAAAAACACAAUCGGAGGUGAUUGGAGAGCUUUUUGUCCUUUGCGAUGGCAAAAUCACACCGGUCGCCUUGGCAAAAAAAAACUCCUUGGUGUCUUCUUCUUCUUCUGUGACUUCUUUCGCUGCUGUUGGGCCAUCUUCUUAUGAUGCGCCCUCUUCUUCCAGGGUCCUCUCCUCUUCUGUUGUUACUUCUCCUUCUGUUCUUGCCUGUUCUGCUGCUGCUCCCUCUCCUGCUGCUCCCUCUCCUGCUGCUGCUGAGCCCUCUCCUGAGGCUGUUGCUUUUUCGUCUGUGUUCCUCUCUCCUUUUGCUGUGCCCUCUGUGGAGUCUGAGGUUACUAAGCAGUCUUUCGUCCUUCGGUCUGCGCCCGUCUCGUCCAAAAAAAAGGACAGACAGUUCAGCUCCUUGGACUUUGCGCGUGUUGCGGGCUUGCCCUGUAUUAGUGAUGGUAACUUGCCUACCAUCGGGCAACACAACCAAAACGUUUCUUCUGGGGUUUCCUUUGGCGUUGGCUGUGAAGCCAUCACCCAAGCAUUGCUUGCGGCUGGUGUUGUUGCUCCUCCUGUUGCCUCGGUUGCUCCUCCUGCGGCCUCUGCUGCACGUCCUGUUGCCUUGGUUGCUGCCCCUGUUGCCUCGGUUGCUGCUCCUGUUGCCUCGGUUGCUCCUCCUGUUGCCUCUGGUGCUCCCCCGGUGGCCUCUGGUGGACCUCCUGUGUCCUCUGUGGCUUUUCCUGCGGCCUCUGCUGCUUUUUCUGCGGCCUCUGCUGCUCCGCCUGUGGCCUCUGUUGGUGUUCCUGUGGCUUUUUUGGCUACUCCUGCGCCCUGUGUGGCUUCUCCUGGGGUCUCUGUUGUUGCUCCUGUUGUUUCUGUUGCUCCUUCUGCGGCUGUUGUUGCUAUUUCUGCGACCUCUGUUGCCCCUCUUGAGGUGCCUACUUUGGAGUCUGGCGUCUCGUGGAGUUCGUUUGCUCCUUCCGUGACUGGUCCCUUUGUCUUCGGUUCUUCGGUCAGCUCGUCUUUGCCUGCUUCUACCCCUUUUGGUGUUAAGCAAUUGGUUGGUGCCUCUUCGGUUGGCAUAUCCGCCGAACCUGCGCCUCCAGUUGUUUGCUCGACUGCUUGCUCCCUUCCUGUUUCUUCUGCUGGCGAGUCCUUCUUCGCCAAAUUAGCUGCUGAUGAAGAUGAAUAUUUGGACUCGCUAGCAGAAGAAAUUGAUAAACUUCUUGAUCGAGAUUUCGAUUUUUAA